CGCGUCUUUCCGGGGCGGGUUCGGGCCGUUCCGGCGGUGCUCGGGCCUUUUCCCAGGCUGCCGCCGGUCUGGCAGGCAGGAGCGGGCUGGAGCUGAGCGGCGGCGGAUGGUGCCGGCGGAGAGGCACUGGGAAGGGAGACGUAGCAUGCCACGCCAUUCUGGGCUGGAAGCGUGCCGUGCUUUUGUCCCCCGGACUUCAAGAAACCUUCUUUUUUGGUGAAGUGGACCGUGAUCUCCUCUUUCUUUGCUGCAUGCCCACUCACAAGUGCUGGAUUAUGUUUGUCUCCUUCUCCCUUUGCUCCAUAAUUUGGUUGAAUCGUGGUUUCAAGCUAAGGAAAAGGGGCUGCACCUAAGCGUGCUGGUGCACCCGGACCAGGCUCUUGGGGUGCUGGUUCAUGCAGAGACAUUCAGAGUGCUGAUGGGGGAGAGCUGCCUCUGAGGUCCUUCCUCUCCCACCUGAAACGUGCUGUCUCACCGUUAGAGCCGUUCUCCCCACGGCAGAGAGAAUGGGCAGCACCGAUGGCUUCCAGUACCGUGCACUCUACCCCUACCGCAAGGAACGCGAGGAGGACAUUGAUCUGCUGCCUGGGGACAUCCUGGUGGUGACCAAGGGGGCCCUGCAAGCCUUGGGCUUCAAAGAUGGGGAUGAGCAGACCCCCAACCAGAUCGGCUGGAUCCUGGGUGUCAAUGAGCGGACCAAGCAGAAGGGUGACUUUCCUGGCACGUACGUGGAGUACGUGGGGCCCGUGAAGAUCUCUGUCCCUUCUCACCGGCCCCGAGUGCAGAGACCCCUGCCCGCAACGCCAGGGGCCAGCAGCUGCCGGCUGCAGGAGGCUCUGGAGCAAGGGUCUCCCCUCCCAGACUUGCAGGAGCAGUUCAGCCCACCUGAGAUUGCACCACCACUGCUGGUGAAGCUGGUGGAAGCUAUUGAGAAGAAAGGGUUAGACAGCGAGAUGUUGUACAGGACAUCUGGCUCCGAACUGAGGCAAGCACUGAGAACCGAUUGGACCCUGGGCGACCUGGAGCCCUUCGACGUGCACUCUCUGGGUGAGGUGCUGCGAGGCUACCUGCAGGACCUGCCCUCCCCCGUGGUGCCAGUGCCCGUGCACGGAGACGUCCUUCGUGUCCUGCAGGAGAUCCCCCAGCCGGAGAAUUGCCGGAAGCAGCUGCUGCUGGCCCUGGAGUCGCCUGCGGUCCCGCUCCAGAACACGCUCACCCUGCAGUUCCUGCUCCGGCAUCUGGGGAAGGUAUCGCAGCAGGCCGAGACCAACAGCCUCCACCCUCGGGCCCUGGGAGAGAUCUUCGGCCCCCUUCUCCUCCGGCUGCCUGGCGCCAGCCCAGAGCUGAGCCCUGACUUCUCCGCACUGUUUCUGGAGGUACUUCUGCAGGCAAAGGAGCUGGAGCCAGAACAGUUGCCUCCAGCCUUGCCUCCAAAACCACCUAAGCCAAAGCCCAGUGCAGCCAGCCUGGCCAAUGGGAACAGCGUGCCCUUGCAGGACGCCGAGUGGUACUGGGGUGACAUUUCCCGGGAGGAGGUGAACGAGAAGCUACGGGACACACCGGACGGUACCUUCUUGGUGCGCGAUGCCUCCAGCAAGAUCCAGGGCGAGUACACGCUCACGCUCAGGAAGGGAGGCAAUAACAAGCUGAUUAAGAUCUUUCACCGGGAAGGGAAGUACGGCUUCUCAGAGCCCCUGACCUUCGGCUCAGUGGUGGAGCUCAUCACCCAUUACCGGCACGAGUCGCUCGCCCAGUACAAUGCCAAGCUGGACACCAGGCUGCUCUACCCCAUCUCCAAGUACCAGCAGGACCAAGUGGUGAAAGAGGACAGCGUGGAAGCCGUUGGGGAGCAGCUGAAGGUCUAUCACCAGCAGUACCAGGACAAGAGCUGGGAGUAUGACCUGCUGUACGAGGAGUACACACGCACAUCCCAGGAGCUGCAGAUGAAGAGGACGGCAAUUGAGGCCUUCAACGAGACAAUCAAGAUCUUUGAGGAGCAGUGUCAGACGCAGGAGAAAUGCAGCAAGGAGUACAUCGAGCGCUUCCGGCGGGAGGGCAACGAGAAGGAGGUGCAACGGAUCCUCAUGAACUCGGAGAAGCUCAAGUCUCGCAUCACAGAGAUCCACGACAGCAAGAUGAAGCUGGAGCAGGACCUGAAGAAACAAGCCUCGGAGAACCGGGAGAUUGACAAGCGCAUGAACAGCCUCAAGCCAGACCUCAUGCAGCUGCGCAAACUGCGGGACCAGUAUUUGGUGUGGCUGACGCAGAAGGGUGCCCGGCAGAAGAAAAUCAACGAGUGGCUGGGCAUCAAGAACGAGACGGAGGACCAGUACUCCAUGAUGGAUGAUGAGGAGGAGCUGCCCCACCACGAGGAGCGGACGUGGUACGUGGGAAAGAUCAACCGCUUGCAGGCAGAAGAGAUGCUGUGUGGCAAGCGAGACGGCACCUUCCUGAUCCGCGAGAGCAGCCAGAAGGGAUGCUAUGCCUGCUCCGUGGUGGUGGAUGGUGACACCAAGCACUGCGUGAUCUACAAAACGGCGACCGGCUACGGGUUCGCUGAACCCUACAACCUCUACGCCUCCCUCAAGGACCUGGUCUUGCACUACAAGCACACGUCCCUGGUGCAGCACAAUGACUCCCUGAAUGUCACGCUGGCUCACCCGGUCCUUUCCCAGCCACCAGCCAGAUGAGCAGCCCAUGCACAACACAACAGCUGCCUUCAGCUUCUCCCCAGGGCACUGCUUUUCUGGCUCUGGACUCUUGCAUCCUGUAUAGUUGAGUCUCUGUGCUCCUGCCCCUCCAGAGCCUCCAAGAUGUCUGUGACCGUUCCUGGUGUCUCUUUUGGUCAGUAGCUGAAACCCGUGUUGGCUGAUGGGACAAAAAGGCUGGGCUGUUGAUUCCCAGUGGGCUCCAGCCUCUAGGAGGUGGAAUUCAGUUGUGAUUUGAAUUGCUGUGGGCGAGCACAGCCCCCUCCCCUUCCCCAAUAAGCAGGUCAGAUCCCCUUCUUGCUGGCAGGUCGCCCUGCUAUGCAUCACUGUAGAGCUAGGUUCCCAACUCCUCAGUGUGUCACCACCCUGGCAACCGAGGGGCUCCCUGCCUGGCUGCCGGAGGAGGCAGAGGAGGAGGCUCGGUUGAGCGCGUGCAUCCUCCACUCUCACUUCCCCCAGUGAUCUUGCAGGCUGCAGUGGUGUCUGGUACAAGGGGUGUUGCUUUGCUGUGCAGAGACUCAUUUAGAAAGGAGAAACCCCAUCCUCCGUGGGGCUUUUCGGCUGAGGUCUCCACUCUGUGCCGUGCCCCACCUCACUGUCUUGUUCCCUAGUGUCAUAACCACCUCUUGAGUGUUGCUGUCUGGGGAGGGAGGAUCCAGUUAGCGAUGAAUCUCUCGCCUUAGUUGUGCCAACUAAGCUGUGAAAUCCGUGUUGGUACCCGUGUUUUUGCCGGCAGAAUCUGUGGGACGCGCAGCUCGUCGUUUCCGGCUGUCUUGGGUGAAUCUCUGCAUAUAUAACCCGUUGAAGCUAA